AGUAGUGAAUUGGGUUGCUUGUAAAUCACUUCAUCGUAAAUAAAUAUUUAUCACAAUUCACAUUAUAAAUUGCACUGAAACAGAUCAAACUUUUUAUCAGCUUCUUGUGUACCAUGAUUGGUAAAGCCUCAAGUUUCUAAAUAUUUUAAAAGGUUUCUGGUGCAUAAAAGCUGGUGAAAAGUAACAAAAUAAACUACAAGACAAAACAACAAUCAUGACUGAUAGAGAUAGAACUCGUCUUCUAGCAUCUUCAACAGAUUCUCAAAUAACAAAUCACCCAACAGUGAGUGAAAAUACGCCAGCAAGAAAUUACGGAAGUAUUCAAUCGAAUCAGGGAACAUCACAAUCAUCAGAGACGAUGGAUGACAACAGAACAACUUUGAAGUUUUUUGAAAAAGUUGGCUUCUCAUUAGGCCAUGUUUAUAAUGAUUUGUGUGCUGGGAUAUGGUUUAGUUAUACGUUAUUGUUCAUGCAAGGUGUUCUCGGAAUGCCUGGUCAACAAGCGGGAGCUUUAGUCAUGCUUGGUCAAGUUGGCGACGCAGUUUCAACCUCCUUUGUUGGCAUGCUGACAGAUAAGUUCAGUACAAAACGUAUUUGGCACGUCUUCGGUACAUUCCUAACAGCAGCAACAUUUCCCUUAAUUUUCGCAAUCUGUCCACUUUGUGACGUACUACCAUCAUGGUGGAAGUUAGCGUACCUUUCGUUCGUUAUUUUAAUAUUUCAAUUUGGUUGGCCAGUUGUACAAAUCACUCAUUUAGCAAUGAUUCCAGAAUUAAGCAGAACACAACGUGAUCGGAGUGAUCUUACCGCAACAAGAUAUUCAGCAUCAAUUUGUAGUAAUGUUAUUGUGUAUAUGGUAACAUGGGCAGUAUUACAUAUUCAAACGAGUUAUGAGAAUAAAAUCACGCCAAAUGAUUGGCCGAAAUUCCGAGAUAUUGCAUUAAUUUUAACUCUCUUAGGUGUUUCCAUGUCAGUAUUAUUCCACUUUUCUCUUUCGAUAUCAAAUUAUGAAUAUCGAAGACGUUUAACUAUGAACCAACGAAGUCAGACGACACAUUCAUCAGAAACUGAAUCACUUAUCAGAAAUCAAGCUGCUGAUGACACAACAGAAACUCAAUCAUAUGAUGAUGACAACAAAUAUAAAAAAGCAAAUGAACAUCGCGCCGAAGUCGUAACAGUUGAACGAAAAAACUUCUUCAAAUCGCCUUUACUUUAUCAAAAUGCUUUGCUUUACGUUUUCUCCAGACUCUUCAUGACAACUUCAUUAGUGUACAUGCCACUUUGGUUGAAUGAGAGAUCUUAUGUUCCAUCACCACCUAACAAUAUCACUUUGACUGAUGAAUUAACUUUUAAUGAAGGCACAAAUAUCGAGAAUAUAGCAACAGUUCCACUAGCUUCAUUUAUAGCUUCUUUUGUGGCUUCAAUGGUUUUCAAACAAACAAAUAGAUUUAUUGGACAUAAAGUAGGAUAUCUUAUUGGAUCAGUUUUAAGCUUUAUAGGCUGCGCUUGGGUCGUACUUGCAGCAUCUCCAAAUUCGUCUACUGCCGAAUUAUAUAUCGUUGCAGCAUUUUUCGGUGCUGGUAGUUCGAUAACAAUGAUUGCUAGUUUAUGUAUAACAGCAGAUAUGAUCGGCCCCCAUGCUGAUCAAGGUGGUUUUAUUUAUUCAGCCGUUACUUUCUGUGAUAAACUUAUAACGGGUAUUGCCGUCAUUGUAAUCGAAACAAUUAAAUGUAAGAAUCGUGAUGACUGCCCAACCUAUUACAGAAAUGUUCUUGCUUAUGCUUGUGGUGUGCCAGCUAUCUUAGGAACCCUCACUCUCUUCACCCUAAUUUGUACCAAUAAUGUGACGACUCAGGCAAGAAACAGAAACGAACGACCAAGAAGACGGUUAAUGAGAGACUUCAAAAGACUCCAGGAAGAUCCACCAACAGGAGUGUCUGGGGCACCAACCGACAACAAUAUUAUGAUUUGGAAUGCUGUGAUUUUUGGACCGCAUGACACGCCAUUCGAGGAUGGUACAUUUAAGCUGACAAUAGAAUUCACCGAGGAAUAUCCAAACAAACCGCCGACAGUUCGAUUUGUAUCGAAAAUGUUUCAUCCAAAUGUAUAUGCCGAUGGUGGUAUCUGUUUGGAUAUUUUACAGAACAGGUGGAGUCCAACAUAUGAUGUAUCAGCCAUAUUAACAUCUAUACAAUCACUUCUGAGCGAUCCAAAUCCAAAUUCGCCUGCAAACGCAAUGGCAGCUCAGCUGUAUAAAGAGAAUCGUCGUGAAUAUGAAAAGCGGGUGAAAGCUUGUGUGGAACAAAGCUUCAUUGACUAGCUCGAAUUAAUUUCUUUAUGUGAUCUUCGGAUGGAGUUUUUGUUUGUUUCUUUUUUUCUUCAUUUUAUCUCCCUUGUAUUCGACUAACUGAUGUAAUUGCUUAAUAGUUAACUAAGACCCUCCUGUCAAAUGAAAAUAAUCUUCAUGCUAACGGGGAUAAGUCAUCUGAAGGAGCUUCAUCGUUCUCGUGCAAGUUCUCAGCCCACCAUUUAAGUUUCAUGCUCUAAAGAAAACUUUUUUCACUUUAUUUUAUUAGUUUUUCGUUCUCAACUUUCUAAGAGAAACCAAAUUAAAAUGAAAAAAAGAAAAUUUUAAUAAAAUAAUUACUGUAAUUAAUUCUCCAACUAGAAAAAAAAAGAAGAAAGGUGAAGCUUUCGAGAGUUUUGAAAACCUAAUUGAUGUCAUACGAUAAUUUAACAAUUCUGCAGUACCUUUACGGGAUAUCAGAGUAAGAUGAAAACAAUUAAAAAGAUUCAUUGUACCUUUAAGAUUUCAACUCUCCCUUCCUUUAAAUUAAACAAACAAACAACAUAAACAACAACACAGCAAACAUACAAAAUCAUACACAAACAUACACGUUCUUUCUUCCUUUUGUCAGCUCGCGAAUUAAUUAAAAACAUUUGAUGGAAAAAAGAGAAAAAUGUAAAAAAAAAUAAUAAAUUAGGAUAAUAAAAUAAAAAGUUAAAUAAUAUGAAAAUGUUUGAAGCAA